UCAUCUCUAGUGUUCUCUCCAUUUCUAUUCAUAUUUUCAAGAACUCAACAUUUUAUUUCUUCAUUCUCCAAUGAUUUGAUUCUACAUCUUCCCAAUAAUUCCAACGUUUUUAGUGUUUUUCUCCCUUUGUUUGGAUUAAAUUUUUAAUGUUCUUGUAAUUGAUAUCAAUUUUUAACCAAUUCAACACUUCGAUAGUUGGUAAGGUAGUACUUGAAUCCAGAAAUAUAUUUAAUAAUCAAAUGGAGGAAGCAUAAGCGAAAGACAGCGAUGGGGAGAGGAAGAAUGGUGGGAACACUGUGUUCAUGCGCACUAACAAUAAAGCUUUUCUGAAUCAAAAACAGUACAGAAAGGAAGAAUUCCUUUGAAAUUUUGAUGGGUUCUUUCCAUUUUCCGCCAUAGCCAAAAACCCAACAACCCCACAUCAAGAACAACAACAACAAUAAUCCGCCAUUUCUCCCUUUUCUUCCUUUUCAAGCCAUUUCUGUCAUUUUCUUCUUUACUCUUUUGGUUUUUUGGUUUAUGAUUUCCUCUCUUUGUUUGAUGAUUUGGGUUGGUUCUUGUUUUGGCGAUGGUGGGUCGCUGAGGGUGUGAGCGCGUUUGCCCUUUUUUUCCUCUUUUUGAGUUGCUUCAAUGGGGAACUGCUGGUAUCGAUGGGUACCCACGGUUAAUAGGGUCUCGUCUAAUGCAAAAUCAGAGUCUCCAAAAGUUGAUAGCACAUCACCUUAUCAAAGGAACAAUGAACACAAUUUGCCCUCUAACCCGAAAGAAGUAGAAGAUUUACGUCGUGACUCGGCCACUAAUCCGCUCAUUGCAUUUACAUUCGACGAGCUGAAGUUAAUCACCGAAAAUUUUCGACAGGACCGUGUGCUGGGCGGAGGCGGGUUCGGAAGUGUUUAUAAAGGGUUCAUUACUGAGGAUUUGAGAGAAGGAAUUGUUCCACUUCCAGUGGCCGUUAAGGUUCAUGAUGGGUUUAAUAGCUAUCAAGGCCACAGGGAAUGGCUGGCAGAAGUCAUAUUUCUGGGGCAGCUUUCUCAUCCAAAUUUGGUUAAGUUGAUUGGAUACUGCUGCGAAGACGAGCAUCGAGUACUUAUUUACGAGUACAUGGCUCGGGGGAGCGUCGAAAACAAUUUGUUUUCAAGUAAGCAGCCAAGAGUGUUGCUUCCUUUGCCUUGGUCCAUUAGAAUGAAAAUUGCCUUUGGUGCUGCAAAAGGACUAGCGUUUCUUCACGACGCAGAAAAGCCUGUUAUCUAUCGUGAUUUUAAGACAUCGAAUAUUCUGCUUGAUUCGGACUAUAAUCCGAAGCUUUCGGACUUUGGUCUCGCAAAAGAUGGACCAGUGGGCGACAAAUCUCACGUCUCUACUCGUAUAAUGGGAACGUAUGGAUAUGCUGCACCGGAAUACAUAUUGACAGGACACUUGACCCCUCGAAGUGAUGUUUAUAGCUAUGGAGUUGUUCUUCUCGAACUACUCACAGGAAGAAAGUCACUGGACAAACUACGACCAGCUCGAGAGCAAAACCUUACAGAUUGGGCUCUUCCUCUCCUAAAAGAGAAGAAAAAGCUGAUGACCAUUGUCGACCCAAGACUCGGAGGAGAAUAUCCCGUCAAAGGAUUUCAGAGGGCAGCAAUGCUGGCUUACCAUUGCCUGAACAAGAACCCGAAAGCAAGGCCGUUGAUGCGAGACAUCGUCGACUCGUUGGAGCCGUUACAGGAAGUAAGUGAUGAGGCAGUAAUAUCAUCUGAAACAACCUCCUUACCUGUUGCCAAUGAGACUACUUGACUAAGACAGGACAUGGGAGCUUCAGCUACCUUUAGAUGUGGAAGUUUUGUUUUAUGAUCAAAUUAUGUUUUAACUUUUAACCUUGCUAAUACAUUCUCACUGCUUGUAAUACAAAAUGUAUUUGUAAAUGUUAUGUCGCUC